GUGUGUGUGUGUGUGUGUUUUUGUGUGUUUUUAUAUUAGUCAGACCAUUAGAUUUGGUCCAAAUAAAGGUUCAUUAGGCUUUUGGUUCUUCGCCUCAAGUUUGACAUAUUACCAGUUUUAUACAGCUUUUAACCAUUUCUGUUCUACAGCGGGGUAGUAUGGAUUUAAACACCAGGACAAUACUGAAUGCUGGGGGUCUGCAUGAAUAAACACUUCUGCUCCAUAAAACUGUUUUGCCAACGAAUAAAAAUCUACCUUAUCUUAUUUUGAUUUUCAAAACGUUAUUUUUUAUUUAAAAUUUCCAACUUUCAAGUCAAGUAAUGCUGAUUAUUCACGUCACGCUAUUUUUCUUUUGUUUGGUGUUUCAUUAGAAAAAAGGGACCGUCGCUUAUUUAUGACGUCACAUGUUCUCCUGGUCCAAUCAAACAGCUCCCGUCUCGUUUUCCCGCGGCACUCACAGCGGAAGUGGGCGUUGUCGCGGAGAAACGUGAAUGUUUUUGUUUGUUAGCGUUUGUCCAGCGCACGCUCGCGGCUUUGGUCUGUGUGCUGCUGCAGGCACGCGCGCCUUGCCUUGGCUAACAAGCUAACAAGCUCGCGCCGCGCGCUGGCUCCUCCCCGCUCACCGUGUCUGUCUCGAGCUCACAUGUCCACCUGGGUGUUUUGCUGUCGCCGGUCCAGCUAACAGCGGCCCGCCUCCGGCUCUCCUGAUCUGAUGGAUCCCAGUGGCAGCGACCUGGACUCCAGCCUGCCGCAGCCGGAAAACCCGUGCCUGAUCGUGGAGGACUCUCAGCCGGACAGCGUCGCUCUGGAGGAUGACCCGGAGAGCAGCUACCGAGCCCUGCUGGCCCGCCGCCUGUCCAUCCUGCAGCCCGCCUCCCGCAGCCCCGUGCUGGAGCUGAUCUCCUCCCCACUGGGCAGCAGAAGCUCCCAGACCGACAGCCAGCCUGCAUCCGACACCGACGCACAGUCCGCCCCGCAGGAGCACCGUGGCGCUGUCGGCGGCCAUCCGGUGCAGAACAGCAGAGGGUGUGCAGACAUGGAUUCUGGAGCUGAUUCCACAACAAACUGCAUUCAGUCUGAAGGGGAAUCUUGUCCACUGGGGUUUCUGGAGCUCUCUCAGAGUCAGGAUCUCCAGGCUGAGGAAGUCUUAGUUUGUCCCUCCCACACCGACAAGCCCAGGAGCUCAGUGGAGCAGACUGUUGGUGCACAGAGCCAGAGCGCCGCGGCGCCAAGGUCUGAGGUAAGCUCCAGCAGCUCCUCAGGGUCCGUCUGGCAGCCCACCCUCCAGGUCCCGGCACACUCCCAGAACACGUCAGGCUGCGCCGAGCCGGACCGGCAGGACCAGGAGGUCCUGUCGUCACAGGAAGAUCUGUUUGAUGGAGACAAGACGGGUGGUGCAGUGGACAGCACCGUGUCGGACUCGGAUCAUCAGAGCCAGCCCUCCUUGACCCCGGCCCACACCCUGCGACUGCUCCAUCUGUCUGGUCAGGGCCCUCUGGUGCAGGACAGCCUGUCCCAGAGCUCUGUGGAUUAUGUGGCCCCCACUCCAGACAACUUCCCCAACACUCCUCUGAUAGUUCCCAGCUCACCAACUGAGCCGGAAGCCCAGAACGGUGCUGCAGAUGCCAUGGACACCUCUAAGCCACACCCCUCUGCCUCCACGCCCGUGUCCCAGAGCCCGGCUGGCUUUGCGUUUGAGCGCCUCCUGCCCGUGCCCUCCCAGCCUGAGUUCUCCCACGACGUGUUCGUCCCGACGCAGAGCCCGAAGCCCUCUCAGCCUCGGGAGGAGUCGCUGUCUUCUGGUCCACCUUUGGACCCGGCACCGUUUUCCUCCCUGCAGCUCUCUGAGAGCUGCAGCCGGCAGGACCGCAGCCCAGAGGAGGACAGUCAGGCCACACAGAUCGAGGCGCUGGAGGAGGCGCCCGGCAGAGACGUAGGCUCCUGCAGGACAGCGAGCUCUGAUCCAAGUGGAGAACGGGGCGCUGCUCCUUCACAGUCACAGGAGGAUGGACGAAGCGGGAUGGUACUGGACAGGAAGCCCCCCUCUGAGGCCACGCCCAGCAGCCUGCCCUCACAGUCCAUCAUCUCCCAGCCCGCCGUGGCCGACUCCAGAGGAGGAACAGCCGUGAGUCCGUCUGAAGAAGCACAUCAGCACGGGGCAGAGACAGACAAGGAGGGGGGGGUGGGAUGUGAAGAAGAGGAGGUGGAAGAGGAGCAUGCAGGAGGCGCCUCUGGCCUGGCUCUGGUCCUGUCCCAGAGCCAGCUGCUGUCCCCUGAACCCAUGGAGGAGGAAGGGGUUGGAGAGAGGCCUCCGGACAGAGAGAACGGACACCCCCCUAUCUCCUGCAGCCACCCCCACAAAGAGGGGCUCCAGGCUCCAGAGGGGACGUCCCAGACAGAGAUGUCGGGGAGUGAAGCUCAGAGCCUGGCGAACAAAAGUCUGAGCGACAGCUCGGGAGACAUUUCCUUUCACUUCACUCUUCCUAAAGACGGAGAGCUGGCAGGCCCCCCCGCCAGCGCCACGCCGCCUCUGGUCAACCAGCUGAGGCAGACGCUCAGACACAGCACCCCCAUUGAAACCGCCUCCUUCUCUGAAAAGCUGGACGUGCCCGCGGACAUGGCGGGGGCCGACUCCCCCUCAGUGGACGAGGACAGGAAGCUGAGUCUGAGGAUGAAGCUGGUGACGCCGGUGGAGGAGGGCAGCUCCGAGCGCUUCAGCCUGCAGAAGCCGGCCUCGUCUGAGGAGGACGCAGCUGUGGUCAAGGUCACCACCGUUUCCAUGGCAGCCCCCAGCAGUCCGUCUGUGUUCACGCGAGUGCGGCAGGUGCACCGGCAGCAGGAGGCAGGAGGGGGCAGUCAGCCUGUGAGCAACACCACCAAUGUCGAGGAGGGGCUGUUGGCUUCCCCUAAGAGGAGCUCCCAGACGCCUUCACGUGGAUGCCACAGCCUGCCAAACAGCCAGUCGGAGCUCUCGCAGCAGGGGGGGCUGGCGGCGCCGCAGGGGAGCCUCAAACCUGCCGUCAAGCCGCCUGAGGAGCAGAGAGGGGCCCCUGAGGCCCCCCGCCCGGGUGCAGCAGAACCACAAAAACUGGUCUUCCUGCAGGCGGCCAACAGCACGGCCACCUCCACCCCUUCCAAGGGAGAUCCGGGGUCUCCGUCGCUCAGGAGAGCCGCCGGCCCGACUCACCGCAGACAUGUGCGCACCAUCCAGGAGGUGCGCACCACCAUCACGCGCAUCAUCACAGACGUGUACUAUGAGGACGGCAGGGAAGUGGAUCGCAGGGUCACGGAGGAGAGUGAGGAGCCUGUGGUGGACUGUCAGGUCCUGGAGGAGGUUUCUCCAUGCCGCACUGGCAGCUCCGUCACCUUAGGGGACCUCGCUGACAUCAGCUCCCUGUCCUCCAAGGCCUCCAGCAGCAGCACCGCCCCCCCCAGGCCAGACUUCAUUAUCCCACCCAGCAGAGGAGCCAGGUCCAUGAGUCCCAGGAGGGGAGGUGGGCAUUUACAGAGGGGUCACAGGGGUAACAGGGUGGGGUCAGUGGCCUCCCCGGGUAGAAGCUUCAAUACUUCAGGGUCCCGGUCCUUCCUCCCCGUGACCCCUAGGGGUAGGGCUAGAAGGGGCCGUCCCCCAUCCCGCUCCUCCAUGUCCAGAGGGGGGGCUGUUGGCUCGCUGCAGAGGCCCAUCGCUCAAGGACACACACCGUCCUCUUCAGAGGAGGAACCCUACGCCCUCACCGGGCCCCCGCUCCUCCCCGUCAGCCCCACAGACCCCAAACCCCCCAGCCGCUCAGAUUCCCUCCGGUCCUCCCCAGAAGCGGCGAGUUCGGCCGGCAGCAGCUUCGUGGGUCUGCGCGUCGUCGCCAAGUGGUCCUCCAACGGCUACUUCUACUCGGGCCGCAUCAUGAAGGACGCUGGGGAGGGGCGGUUUCGCCUGCGCUUCGAUGACGGUUAUGAGUGCGAGGUGGCGGGGAGGGACAUCCUUCUGUGUGACCCCAUCCCGUUGGAGACGGAGGUCACGGCUCUGCUGGAAGACGAGUACUUCAGUGUAGGAGUUGUGAAGGGCCACAGAGCUGAAGGCUCUGAGCUGUUCUACAGCGUGGAGCGGGACGGCCAGAGGCACUGGUACAACCGCACGGCGGUCAUCCUGUCUCUGGACCAGGGGAACCGGCUGAGGGAGCAGCACAGCCUGGGGCCCUACGAACCCAGCACCCCCCUGACCAAAGCCUCCGACAUCAGCCUGGAUAACCUGGUGGAGGGGAAGAGGAGGCGCAGAGGAACCCCGGGAGGGGCGCACACCCCCAACCGAAGCUCCUCGAGCAGCCCUCGGACCCCCGGUCCCUCCGGCAAGAGGAAGCUGAUGACUUCAGACGAGAACCGGACACCCUCAAAGAGGGGACGCAGAGGGGGGGGGUAUCGAGCGGCUCAGCGGCUCGCCGUCUGCAACACUUCAGGCAGCGGGACCGAACUCCCGGGUCAGCCCGGUGACCCGGCGGAGACGCACGGCCCCCUGCCCCAGAGCACCUCCCUCUUCAUGGGCUUUGCUUUCAUGCUGACGGCCUCAUCCGAGACCGACCGGCUGACCAACUGGCUCUCCACCGAGGAUGAGGACGAUUACGUGCAGACGGGUCCGUAUAACAAAGCCUACACGGAGUCCCAGCUGCAAGCGGGGGGGGGCUUCAUUCUCCCUGACUUCAAUGAGGAGCAGUGCCAGGCGGCGUACCAGAGCCUGCUGAUCGCAGACCAGCACUGCCGCACCAGGAAGUACCUGCUGUGCGUGUCCAGUGGCGUGCCGUGUGUCUCUCACAUCUGGGUUCGGGACUGCUGCAGAGAAAACAAGCUGCUGAACUAUAGGAACUACUUGCUGCCAGCGGGGGCGGGGCCUGACGGCGCCAUCGUGGAGUGGCAUCCGCGCUGCAGCCCCUUCAAGGCUCUGCACGUCCUGCUGCUGUCUCAGCAGCCGCAGGAGCUGUGGGCCCAGCUGGCCACCAUGGGCGGGGCCUCCUCGGUGCGGCAGCUGCAGGUGGAUGACAGCUCAGACAUUCCUGCCGGGAAGUUCGACGUCGCGGUGACGGAUCACAGCUGUCCGCCGCAGCUGAGGACAAGAGUGACAUCACAGGAAGUGCCCAUAGUAUCUCCUGAGUGGCUGAUUCAGAGUCUAAUCUGUGGCGAGCGGAUGGAUUUUCAGCGCGGCUGGGAGGGCUCCUCCUCCCCGUGCUCCUCCUCCUCCUAACCCGGACCUCCUGGUCCUGCUGCAUGCUCUGCUGUACAUUCCUGUCUGUUUUUAUCAUAAUAAACGUGACUGCUUUCAUUUUA